AACCCAUUCUCCUCGUAUUCUCAAAUGUCUCCUUGAUGCCUACGUGAAGACGACGUCUAUGUUCGCUCGUCGCAGACCUACGGUUGUUGCGCUCCUCCAGAGACCCAAUUCCCUCACACCCGCAUUGCUACGCCUCCAUUUAACCACCUGUCGCGCGCGUACCCCACAAUACGGAAUUGGCCCGAUAUUUACAUUUCUUUCUCGAAGCCAAUCUAAUACUUAUCGACCACGGACAAAUCUCUCUACACUAGCUCAUCUUCAUCCGUUUGCGCUUUCCAGGAUGGCAGACCCUAAGGGCCGGAAACAAGCCACGCUGGGGCGUUUCUUCGGCUCGAAUGCGGACCCGAAAGAGGCACCCAAGAAGCAAACUACGUUGUCUUUCUCUGGCAAGAAAGAAAAGACACAGAAAGCUGCCGCGAAGCCAGAUACCACGCACGAAUCGUCAACUGUAGAUGAGAAUAGUUCUAAUGGGGUUCAAAACGGAGACGCUAGCAAAGGGGACGCCGUCGAGACGAAGUCGGAGCCGACGCAGAAGAAUGGACACAGCGAUUCUAAAGAUCUGAAAAGAAAAGAGAGCGAGGAAGAAGAUAGUGAUGGUGAUGUUCAGCCUGCGCAGAAAAGGAGGCGGAGGAGCUCGCGAAACGGGGAAGGGACUCCUUCGCCGAAGAAGAAGUCUAAUACACCGUCUCCUAAACGCUCGAAGGCCAGCAAAGAAGUUCAGCCCCAAAAGACAGAACAACCGGCGGCUGUGAAGAACGCGUCGGAAGAAGAAACUCCCGAGGAAGACAAGUCCGAGGACGAAGCGAUGUCUGCUAGUGAAGACGAGGAAAAACCGGAAGUGAUGAAGAAAACCAUGGAAAAAGUACAGGCUACAUUGAAAGCGAGCGGAGAUGAGCCGUAUCCAGACUGGAAGCCUGGUACUCCUGUUCCAUAUGCGGCAUUGUGUACGACUUUUUCACUUAUUGAGAUGACCACCAAACGAUUGGUGAUACUUGCCCAUUGCUCCCUGUUUCUUCGCCAAGUUCUUCGGUUGACGCCUGAAGAUCUUCUUCCGACAGUCCAGCUUAUGAUAAACAAGUUAGCUGCCGACUAUGCCGGCAUUGAAUUAGGAAUUGGCGAGUCUCUGAUCAUGAAGGCUAUUGGCGAAUGUACCGGCCGCAGCCUGGCCGUCAUCAAGGCAGAUCAACAUGAAAUUGGAGACCUGGGCUUGGUGGCCGCUAAGAGUCGGUCGAACCAGCCUACUAUGUUCAAACCAAAGGCACUGACAGUUCGGGGUGUCCACGAGGGUCUUCUUGGCAUUGCCAAAGUGCAGGGCCAUGGUUCUCAAGACAAGAAAAUUUCCGGUAUUAAGAAGCUCCUUUCUGCGGCCGACCCAGAAACGGCAGGAAAGGGCAGCAAGGGCGUGGACAUCACCAAGGACAAGGGUGGCCCUAGCGAGGCCAAGUAUAUUGUUCGAUUUUUGGAGGGAAAAUUGAGACUGGGAUUGGCUGAAAGAACCGUUCUUGUUGCUCUUGCUCAAGCAGUGGUGACCCAUGAAUCCGCCUGCAAGGGAGAGAAAGCGCCUUCCCCUGAGAAGUUGGCUGAGGGUGAGGCUAUCCUGAAGACGGUAUACAGUGAACUACCCGCUUAUGAGAUAAUCAUUCCUGCUAUGCUUGAGAAUGGUCUGUUCAAGUUACAUGAAGCCUGCAAGCUACAGCCUGGUAUCCCUAUCAAGCCUAUGCUUGCUAAACCGACCAAAUCUAUCACCGAAGUGCUCGACCGAUUCGAAGGAAAGGAAUUCACGUGCGAGUAUAAAUACGACGGAGAGAGGGCACAGAUCCACUAUGUUGCGCCGGAUGCAGCCCACAAUUAUCCGCAAGCACAACAUACACUACAAAAGGAUGCUAAAGGUCUUACUGCGAUUUUCUCUCGUAACUCGGAAGACCUCUCGAAGAAGUACCCUGAUGUGUUGGCUAAGCUUGAUAGUUGGAUUAAAGAUGGUGUGAAGAGCUUUGUGUUGGACUGCGAGACCGUCGCCUGGGAUACGGUUAACAAGAAGGUUUUACCAUUCCAACAGUUGAUGACUCGUAAACGGAAAGAUGUCAAGGCGGAAGACGUUAAGGUCAAAGUCUGUGUAUUUGCUUUUGACCUUUUGUUUCUAAAUGGAGAGCCUACGGUGAAAAAGUCACUCCGCGACCGCCGAGAACUCUUACAUGAAUCGUUCCAGGUUAACGAAGGUGAGUUCCAGUUUGCACAGUUCGGCAAUACCAAUGUGUUGGACGAAAUCCAGACAUUGCUGGACGACAGUGUCAAAGCGUCGUGCGAAGGUCUGAUGGUCAAGAUGCUGGACACGGAGGAAAGUGGCUACGAGCCCAGCAAGCGGAGUCGCAACUGGCUUAAGGUCAAGAAAGACUACCUGAGUGGUGUUGGCGACUCGCUUGACCUUGUCGUUCUCGGUGCAUACUACGGGCGAGGCAAGCGUACAUCCGUUUAUGGUGCUUUCCUUCUGGCUGCAUACAACGCAAAUAGCCAAACUUACGAGUCAAUCUGCAACAUUGGUACCGGGUUUUCCGAAGCCAAUCUGGAAGACCUUCACAAGGAACUGUCUCCCCUCGUCAUUGAUCGACCCAAGCCGUUUUACACCCACUCGACGAUCCCUAAGGACCAACCCGAUGUAUGGUUUGAGCCACGGUUGGUCUGGGAAGUGAAGACCGCCGAUUUGACUCUUAGUCCGCGCUAUCAAGCCGCGGCCGAUGAGUUCGUGGGUACGACGGGAGGCGGAAAAGGUGUUUCUCUCCGAUUCCCACGUUUUAUCAAAUCACGCGAGGAUAAGAAGCCGGAGCAGGCGACAACGACCCGGCAAGUGGCCGAAAUGUACCGCAAACAAGAGGCUGUCGCCAAGGAAAACGCGGGCAAGAAGGGUGUGGAUGAUGAUUUUGAAUAUUAGCUCGUGUUCCUGCAUCUCUAAUCAUUAGUGUGGAGUUCAUGCAUGAGGGGUAAAGUUUUUGUUAUUAUUCUUGUUCUUCUGGAGAUGAUUGCCCUGUACUAUACUAAGGUGUUCUAUGAUCUACUAUUUGGGGCAUGUUAUGUUUGUUUUGAUCCUGAUCGCGUCAUGAAUGAAAGUCACGCCAUCCUGGCUGGCAUCGGAUGAUUGGUAUUUUCCGCUGGACAUUUUGAUAUUACGCCAAGAGGGGAUUUUAAUAUAAACCAGUCGGUGAGAUGCUGAUAGCGC